AUGGACAUCAAGUUUUGCAAGACCAACCUUCUCAUUGAGCACAAGGAGUUGGAUGGGAGAUUCCAAUUCAAGUUCACACAUCCAUUGGUUGGCCCUCCAAGCUUCUCCUCCCAACCCAGAGCUCACCACAGUGCAAGGGGUGAGAACAUUGAUUUCAGACCCCCUGUGUACACAUUAGUUGGGCAUGAAGCGGAUUUGCGAGAAGAGGAGCCGAGCUCGAUCGAGCUGAGGAUCGAGCUGAGUCAAGCUGAGAUCAGGUCCAGGAGAGCUGAUUUGGGUGAGCCUGAGUGCUACUACUUUGAGGAGUAUGAGGCUCCAAGGAUGAACCCCUCUGUUGUGGCUGCCCACAAGAGGAUUGGACUUCUCCAAAAGUUCAACAAGUGGCAAGGGAAAGCCAUGGAGAAGAUGCAAAAGUCCAUGGACAAGAUGGUGAGCAAGAUCAAAGCUUGGAGAAGAAAGUUUCUGGUUCUUCAAGCAAGAAGAAGUCCAAGGCCCCCACAUUCCCUAGGAGUAGGUCACUCCUCACCACCCAAAGGAGGCUCCCUGCCCAAGAGCCUCACAGAGCCUCUUCUUUCGAGCCAAGGGAAGGAGAAGACAACUCGCAGAGAAGGAGGAAGAGUUCUAAGGCCAGACGCUCCAGCUCGACCACCGGACUCGAUCGAGUCCAAACAGAGGAAACUCAACUCGAUCGAGCUGACGGUCGAGUUGACCUGA